AUGGAUAUCUAUGAAUUUUUCGGUUUCUUGGUGAUUCUAAAGGAAUCUUUCAAGCUUUUGCCAAAAAAUGGGAAGCUCAUGGCAUUAAUAGUUGUACUUUCUUUAGUCUUAUAUUCGAUCUCUUUCUUGUUGCUCAGCUUCUCCCUCAAAUCCUUAUUUCUUGAUGUGUUUGUCAUUAUCAAGAAUUCUUUCAUGCCAGAUCCUAGGUCUGUUGAUCCGGAUCAGAGCCCGUUUACACCGGAUACUACCUCGCCUCUUACCCAGCUACUUGGCCAAGUAGACCGUCUCAGAGAAGAUUUUGCCCUUCUCCUGACUGUGCAAAUGGCUUUCUAUAUUGCUUCCUUCAUUUUCUCAAUUUUCUCUACCACUGCAACAGUACUAGUAUCAGCCAUGUCUUAUAAAAACCAGACAAUAUCCUUGAAAGAUCUGUGUUCAAGGAUAGUGAAAACAUGUAAAAGGGUAUUUUUAACAGGAUUCUAUAUAAAACUCCAUGCAAUAGGUUACUUGUUCUUAUUUUUGUCAUUGGUUGCUCCUUUCUUAAUGUCUGCUAAUCUUGCCACCAUUUUAGCAGCUCUUUUGCUCGGGAUUUUGGCUUCGGUUUACUAUCUCUAUUUGGCAGUGGUUUGGAACUUAGCAAUUGUGGUUUCAGCACUUGAGGAAAAUUGUUAUGGAAUGGAAGCAUUAGGAAAAGCGGCUACAAUUGUUAAGGGCAAGAAGUUACAUGGUAUUAUGCUAAAUACAUGUUGCAACCUGCUUUUUUUAAGUGUAUACCUAGGUUACAGGAGGAUACAAGGUAACAAGGGAACAUUUAAUUCAGCAAUUUAUGGGAACUUAAUAGUGUUGAUCAUUUCUUCUUUGGGGAAGAUUUUAUGGGACAUGGCAUAUACAGUUUUGUACUUCCAGUGCAAGAAGAGCCAUGGUGAAGAGAUUGAAUUAUAUGGAAGCAUCGAAUACACCAAAUUGCCUACUACUCAACCAGUCAACAAGUAA